AAACUUGGAUGUAAUUGUGCUGAAUAAUGAAGCAUGUAUAUUGCACUCGACAAUGGUCUGUAUAUGUGUAAAUCAUUAGGGCACAUCGUGUUUACCAGACGACCACCUAGCGAUACGCACUUCCUGUAAACAGGCCUGCUUACAAAAAUCAUUCCUACUGCAUUUUGAAAGCUGAAGGAUCUAAAAAUAGAGACGUUUUCUCGGAAAAGGGGAGAGAACUCCAAGCGCGCGCUGAUUUUUGCAGUACAAAAUAUAUACAGAGGCAACUAUUUCUGGUGGGUAGUUCAUCUGUAACAGUACUGACCAGAUUUUACAAAAAAAACAUGACAACUUUAGAGCUUGAACCCAGCACUAGGGGAAAGCGUCCUGUGGAGCGACAGAAGAUGCGUCCCUGGCUCAUUGAAUUACUCAAUAAAAAAAAGACAGACGGGUUAAUCUGGGAGGAUCGGGACCAGAGCACAUUUAGGAUCAACUGGAAGCAUGGGGCCAGAAAUGGCUGGAAUAUCAACAAAGACGCCAAUGUCUUCGAGCUUUAUGCCAUCCAUACAGGUCGGCACAGGAAAGACCAAUCUCCGAACCCUAAAAGAUGGAAGGCGAACUUCCGGUGUGCGCUGCAUAGUCUUGGGGACGUUGAAGAAGUUAAAACAGAGGGUACAACAAGGGGCAACAAUGCCUACCGAGUGUUCAAAUUUCUCGAGGAAAAGAAGAAACCACUUAAAAGGCCCAGACAGCAGAGCACUGAGUCCGAUGCGGAUAGUGGCGUUGAAAGUCCGACGCCUUGUAAGAAGCCAGUUCCCUACUAUAGUCUACGAUCUAGGCGAAGGAAGAAGCCCUAUGUGAAAAAGGAAAUCGACACUUCCGAUUCUUCCGAUGCAGCAUUGGACAGUCCAAACGUGCAGCCUGUUGUAAAAGAUGUUAGUCUGCCUGUGCCAAGCAAAGACAGCGAUGACGUCAUCGAAAACCGUGUUAAGACGGAAUAUACAGAACUUCUGGGGACGACGUCGGGGACCUUUCCUCACCUCGGCUGUGGAUUCGUAAUGAUUCGCUUCGGAGAGAACAGUUCAUUGUCAACGGAAUCUAAAGAUAAAAAUCAAGAAAAAGAAAGUGACGAUGAUGAGAGCAAUGAAGAUUCUGACUCAGACGAGGAGACAAAUGACACUUUCAUCUUCCAUUCCCCAAAUUAUUCCAGUGCUCCACAGACCCCGUCAACAUCCCAACAAAUAUCCGUCCCGGACUAUUCCAACUUGAUUAGGACUCCCGACUGCCAUACGUCAGACGUCAACAUCAUGUCUAGUACAUUUGACCAGCAAGGGAAUCUGGUCAUAGCAGCUCAGGUGGAAAUCCAAGUAGUGUCUUCAGAUCAGGCCACACAACUUCCGGUUCCGGUUAUAGAUUUGAUGCAUCAACCAUCGGAAUGAACAUCCCAGCCAUGAACAUCAAAACGAAGAGUUACUUGGAUAUGUAAAAGCAUUGCCCCUAUAUAACAUGCUGGUGGACCUGCCUGUGUAAGCCUCCUGAUGUCGGGGAAGCAAUUAAAUAUAUACACUAGCAGAUUCUAGUGCUUCAUUUGGUAGCAAUAAUCAAUCUGAUACGGCUUUAUGUUAACUAAAAACCAUAUAGUGCUGAAAACAGUGGGCAAGAGAAGUGUUGAUGGGAAGUAACAAGAGUCCUGUUCCGGUGAUGACAGUCUCUCUUGCCUUUUACUGAAAACUCCUGUCCACCCCAUGUCUUCAAUACCCUAACACAGAAUUCUAUAAGCUUAUGAUACUAAUUUUGACAAAAUUAUACCUUUAUAUAUUUAUAUAUGAAAAGUGGAGGAAUUCGGCCUUCCUCAUGGCAAUACAUCUGUGAACAGUGCACGAAUAUUGAUUUCAUCAAAUCAAAGGACACCUAUCGCGAACGAGAAAAUAUAGCAAUACUAGUAUGUUGCGUUUGUAAUUAAAUGCGUUCCUAUUUUUCUCUUUCGUAAUAAGUGUCUCUGAUCAUAUGUAUAUGAAAAAUAGACUAAUUUUGACUUCGGUUUGCAUGUAUAUAUACGUGGAGAAUAAACUCCAUGGCUGCAAAUGUGACCAGGUAUGGGUCAUUAUAGCUGCGUGUUUGUUUUAUAUAUUGCGUCGUCAGACCCGGCCUGGAAUAAAAAUUAGUACUAGGGUCAUUACAGAGUUAUGGUAUCAACAUACAAAUUUAUCCACCCUAACAUCAAUUUACCGUGUCAUUUCCAGCUAAUUUUCCCAUCAUGCCUGUAGGACGUCAAUUUUGCUGCCUACAAUAUUAAUGUGGACGGUGCAAUUUAUAUAUACUAGUACAGUUACAAGAAGCCUAUCCAUUUCAUAGAAAGGGGGCCAAAAUAAUGGGGUUACCUGCUCUGCUCCAAAGUGAGUAAAAAUCACCACAUUUAGAACAAACUAUUGCAUAAAUUACAUUUUGUUAACAUGUUGAUUUCGUAAAGAAUUAGUUAUGUAGAUAUCUGAAAAUGAGUCCCUGGAUUUGAUAACAUAUUUAGCAGAAUGCAAGUAUUUCACAUACAAUUGUAGUUUGAACUUGUAAUGAAGUAUAACAUAAUCCAGUGAAUGCUUUCAAAACGAAAAUCAACGACUGAACAAUGUGUUAAGCUAUCCACGCGAUAAUGUGAGAUUGAUUGCCAAAUUGUCAGUUAAGCCAACUAACAUAUUGUAAGUAUUGAUUUCGUGCACACAAUUUUCAAGGAAACAGUUGAUGAAAUCAUGACAUCACUGUUGUAAUUCAAGUUUUCAAGUUUUUAUUCGAACUUUAGGCCAUUGGCCCAUCAGUAUACAAAACGUAUAAUACACCAUUUCAAUCAUUAUAAUUCAGCACAGACUAGUGUUGGAUUUCACUUCAUGUCAUUUUUUUCAUAGAUCUAUGGCUUAAAUUUAAAUUCUGUAUUUUCUGUUAUCACUUCAUGUUAUUAUUUCAUAGAUCUGUGGCUUAAAUUUAAAUUCUUUAUUUUCUGUUAUAGUUAAUGACACCUCAAUUUUCUGUUCACCAUUGCGGGGAAGUAUACAUGUGUGGCGGUCAUGGGAUGAUUGAUAACCCUCCGAUCCAUACCCCGUUCCUUCAUACAAAAUACGUUUUAGCGGGCAUUCUUGUUUUUUGUUUUUUUGGUGUUAACUUCGAUAGGAGCUACAAAAAUGACACCAGUUUCGGGAUAAUUCCUUAGCUUAAAAUGAAUCCAAUUUACCUACAAGUCGAAAAGUUUCCAUUGGACGCAAAAGUUUCCUUAAUCCUUUAACCCCCUACGUAACUUUAAUAAGACUCUAAAGCAUUGAUCUGGAUGUGCCCAUUAUGGUCUACAGUGGUGAAAGGGUUUAACCCUAUAGUGAUUUCCUGAGGAAAAUCUUCAGGAAUUGUCUGUGCUGGGUUCGGGCAAGUUCGUUUUUCUACUAGAUCCGUUAUUUUUGGCAAAAACGGGGGAAAUACUGUAUGGUGUUUUUACAUCCAAUAAAUGGGUGAAAAUUGUCCAGAAUAUACAAACUGGAAUCUAUGCUAAGUGGAUUUUCUUAAAAAAUCAGAGGCCGAUUUAUUUUCAGCAACUGAAAUCUGGUAUGCAAUACUAAGAAACUUUUGACCGAUCAUUUUGCAAUUUGUUUGAGGGUUAAUUUUGUUUCUUUAUCAUGUGAAUAUUUAUUUUAUAAACAUUCAAAGAUUAUGUUAAUAAAGAAUUUUACAGU